UCCACACAGCUUAGCGAAUAACUGUAUGAAUAGCUUCACUUUCUGCCACAACUCUGCGAUCUUAGUAGGACGAGAGUAUCUUGCUUGGCCGGUAGUUUCCGAUUUCAAAAACGAGCAUAUCAUAGCUGAAGCAGUGGCGAGUCCACCUCAUCGCGCGGUAGUCUAGUCCUUACACUAAUACCGGCGGCCGUACCAAAUUCAAAAUGUCAACAAUUAUACCAGAGGACCAGCAAAGGAACUACGAGGUAUUUCGGGACUGUCUCGCCACUGCACUCCUCGAGAAGAUUUCAGAGCCAGAGGCUAAACCCCGUCGUCGGACUAAAACCAAGCCCAAAAGGAAGACUUUAAGCUCCACUCCAUCUCAUGUUAAUUCGGCAUCGGGCGGGGAAGACCACGGAUUAAAUGGCGAACACCCAGAUCUUGCGGAUCCAUCUAUAAAGUCACAUGUGGAGCUCAAAGAGAACUCAGUGCCAGGCGACGACCUUGCCGACUUCACAGAUUACAUCGCGACCGAGACAUUCGCCUGUCUCCCAGCUGAGCUCAAGACAGCCGACUACCACGACUACAUGGCCUCGCCAGAGCUGCAAGCACAAUUCAUCCUGCCCUUAACGGGCGCAGACAUGUCUGCCCAUCUGCCGAACCUAGACCCAGACAUCCCGGAGUCGCUGUCAGCCUACGGAAUAACCCACGAGCAGAAACAAGGCAUAAACGAGUUCCUCGCGCCAGUGCUGACGGCAUUCCUCAUAAGCCUUUCCACGCCGCCUCCGGCACCAAGCACGACGCGCGCCGAGGCCUGCGAGAUCUGUGGUCGCGACUGGAUUAAUCUCUCAUAUCACCACCUCAUCCCGCGCUUCGUGCACGCUAAGGCUGUGCGGCGCGGCUGGCAUCGCGAGUGCGAUCUGCAGAACGUCGCCUGGCUUUGUGGUGCCUGUCAUCACUUUGUGCAUCGCUUUGCGCCGCAUGAGGAGCUUGCGCGCAGGUAUUAUACCGUCGAGCUGCUUUUAGCUGAGGACGAAGUCAGGAGGUGGGCUGACUGGGUCGGGAGACUGAGGUGGAAGGGAAGAUAGAGCGAGGCAUUGUGCUAUGCUUGCGCGGUUUGUAGAUCUUGGACAUGAGGAUAUCAGAUAAAGUUAUACAUUGUAUUGAUGACAUUUCUCUAGUGUUCUGAAUUGACGCUGUCUACCCAUG